AUGAUCAGAUCCACCGCUUCUCACACUUUAAGAACCCGUCUGCCUUCCAGAAUGAUGGCCGCUCCAAGAAUCGUUUCGUCUUCGCUACACUCGUCAGCUUUGGCCCAGCAAUCGAUCUCAGACAAGGUCCGCCACAAACUGGGCGAUCUCAACAAGAAGAUCGGCGAAGCUGCCGCUUCAGGCAUCGACAAAGCGCAAGAGGCUUCGCACAACGUGGAGGAAACCGGCCAUCGCGCUACUGAGGCCGCCAAGAGCGGCCUGGAUUCCCUCAACAAGAAAACAGGCCAGGCCGCCGCUGCCGGGAUCGACAAAGCACAACACAUUGGCGAGUCUGUCCAGGACCAGGCCCAGGACUUGAAGCACGACGCAAAGGACAAAGCCCAGGACCUUAAACACAGCGCCAAAGACACAGCCCAGGAUUUGAAACACGACGCCAAGAACCAGGCCCAGGAUCUCAAACAGUCCACCCGUGAAACGGCCAACACGGCCAAAGAGCAGGCCAAGGACGUGGCUGGAAAGUACAAGCAGUAG